AAAAGUAAUUAAAUUUUCAAUAAAUAAAUGAAAGCGCCAUGAGCGAAAAGUGAGUUUGACGAUAACAACAACAUUGUGCUUCCUCGUUUCCGGUUCAGCUGAGUAGUAGUAGCUAAGCCUCCAAGUCUUAAGGUCCUCUUCGCUCUCUGUUUCUGUCUCCGUCGCCAUAACCGCACGUAUCAAAAAGAAAAAAAAAAAAAAAAAUGCUCGGAGCUCAAUUGUGUGUCCGUACAGCCUCCGGUUUGAGGACUGUAACGGAUCAAGCAAAUGCCAGCCGUUCGAUCCCGUGUUCUUCGCCUGCCUCUUCAUGUUCCUUGAACUCCACGGUUCGAUUAGGUUUCAGAGCCAAACGGUUUCGUGGACUCGAAUCUGUCGUCAUUCGUUGCAAAUCUUCUUCUCAUGGUAGCUUUGGCUCCAGAUCCAGCAAUGGCGAUGAUCACCACCAUGACUAUCUCGAAGCUACCCUCCUCCUUUCAGAAACUAUCUCGCACCACCAUAUGCGGAGGCGAGGAUUUUCUGAAGAUAUGAAAUGGAAGUCUUCUGGUAAAUCGUUUCCCUUUACAGGGAAUACGGUAGGACAGGGAUUUCUUCGGCGCUUCCAGAGUCCCACAAUGUUUCUCAAGAUUUCUUGCGAUGGAGACUUUCUUCUGCCGAUCGUUGUAGGCGAGUUUGCUAUUGAAAAACUCGUAGAUGCUCAAUGGGGAGAUGAAAAUGGGGAUUCUCCGGACCAGUUCCAGUUCCUUAGGAAUCUUGUGGAUAAGCUUGGCUAUCAAGUGAAUAUGGUGAAAAUUACAGAAAGAGUUGUUAAUACUUACUUCGCCAGAUUGUUUUUUAGCAAGCCAGGGAAAAAUGACAUUCUAAGUGUGGACGCACGCCCCUCGGAUGCAAUAAAUGUGGCAAAUAGAUGCAAGGCACCAAUAUAUGUCAAUAAACAAAUUGUCGUGACAGAUGCUAUCAGAUUCAGUUAUGGAAUGGGUAGAGCACGUAAUACAAAAUCUACUUAUGAUGUAUCUCUUGACAGUGCUGCAGAUGGUCCAGACAUUUUAGCCAAGGAACUUGAUUUGGUGAAUAAUAUCAAUCUAGCUGUCAAAGAGGAAAGAUACAAAGACGCAGCCAUGUGGAAUGACAAAUUGCAGAGGCUACGAGAGUCUAUCCAUGAACACUAGCCAAGUAUAAUUUGAGGUUUUCUACUUCUGAUAUCUUGCAGCUUGUGUGUAUAGGCCAUUUUGUUUUGGGAUAGAAUUUCAUUAGGAUUUACAAAUGUCCAAGUUGAAGGAAUGCCUUCAUGCAACUUUAGAAACUUCCAAAACAAUUUAUGUACAGCUACUUCCAGAAGUAUUGCUUCAGUGUAUGUAAAUGUAAAAUCGUAUAUUAAGUUGAAUUGUUAUAGCCGUAGAGAGGAUUGAUUUCUUUUCUGUACAUCCACAGUUUGUAAUUAUUAGGAGAUGGUGCGUGGAGAAAAAGAAAGUAAGAACCUGUCUACACGUUACAUUAUCUUCGGUGUUAUACGCAAGUUUCUCGUUGUACAUACAAACGAAUGCACAAUCUAUGGAAAUGAUACAUUAUGAUGUUUUAUGCAA